CGGGUUUCAUAAAGGCACACCAAGUGGAACGAUUGUUUUGAUACUGUGAUUGUGCAAUAAGCGGCGAUGAAUUAGUAUUUUAAAUGAAUUCUAUAAAAAAUUCAAGCUGCCUCAUCACCACACUAAACAGUACACUAUUCAGGAGAUGUGAUACAAUCUCAUGUCUCCGAUCAAGCCAGUUAAAUGGACACAUCCCGAUUUUACAAAAUGCACAUCUCAUUCACACCACACCGAAUCUAAACCUAUUUUGGGAAAGGCAUCGCAAAGGUGGCUACAAUAAAAAUGUGAAACGAGUAGGCCAAAAAGAGUUGAUUCUGGAAGGUUUCAAGCAGCUGAAGAAGGAGAUUGUUCUGUGGAGAAAGGAGGUUCAAGAGAAACUUGAAGCCGAUCCGAUUGCUAUUUUUCGACCCGGUGAAACGGAUGUGAAGUGGCAGUUCAAAGAUGAGUCCGAUUUCGAGAACUGGAAAGUAACCAAUGACAGCGAUCACAAUGAAGGACAGAGUUUUAGUACGUUUGAGAUGAGUGCUUCCGGUCAUGGUUUGUUCAGCGGCAAUGUCCAAUCGAAAAUUCCGCUCGAUGGCAGAAUCAAAAGAUCCGGAUACUGUAACAUUCAGACGCUGAGAGCGAGGAAAUCCUUCAAACGAGAAGUAUACUUGGAUUGGACUCCAUAUAAUAUGUUAAUAAUAAAGUUACGAGGCGAUGGUCGCUCUUAUCUGUUGAAUAUAGCGAGCGAAGGACAAUACGACAUCUGGUGGAAUGACGUAUUCCAUUAUGUAUUAUAUACUAGAGGCGGACCACACUGGCAAAUAGCAAAGAUUCCAUUAUCGAAAUUCUUUUUGUCAUCGAAAGGACGCAUUCAAGAUAGACAGUGUGCGCUGCCAUUAAACCGGGUAUCCGCCUUUGGAAUAUCUGUAGGUGCUCGUGCCGGUCACGAAGGUCCGUUCAGUUUAGAAAUCGAUUAUAUUGGACUGGAAUUCGAUCCGCUGCACACCGAAGAGUUUGCGUAUGAAUUGUACAAAAUGCCUAAAUAUACUACCGCCACAUAGACUGUACGGCCAAUACUGUUGUCGUCGAUUUUUCUUUUUGGAUGGGGCCAAUCAUGCAUUUGACCCUCAGGAAAGUAUGAGUAUUCGUCGGGUUUGUGUUUGAUUAAAUGAUUGGCUUGACUUAGUUGAAUAAAAACUCCAAUGUUUUUGAA